AUUACUCUUUUUGCGGCAACGCAACUCUUCCUUUCCCUUUGCUGCAAGUGCCCGCAGUAGGGCGACUUCAUCGUUAACACGUCGCGCUCCAUUCCAUAUCCCGUUCGAUUUCCCCAACUAUUCAUAUUCUCUGGCUUUUAUGCGAUCGAUGAGCUAGGGUUCCAAAGUUUUCCCCAGGCCCUAGAUUUCUGCGUGCGUCGCCGCGGAGAAAACCCUCAACCAUCCUUCUCCCCCGACUUGCUGCCCACUUUCGAAUCGAGAGAUUCGUCUUCUUUCGAUCGUGGGAUCCCGACUUUGUCUUUCCCUCUCUGGAUCUAACGUGCGUUUUGGUAUUUUUCUCGUUUAAACUUUUUUAUUGAUCCAAAGUCUUGGAUUUGGUGGUCUCUUUUUGUGAUUCCAAGGUCGUCUGGUCCAGAGCGAAAGCUUGAGGGAGACGCCAUGAAUUGCGAAGUGUGCGAGCUUAAAGAACUGGAGGUGGAGUACUUUGAGAUCCGAGAAGUCUUGCGCUGUAUUCUGCACACUAUUAUAUUUCACAGGGCAUUAGGUCUCAUCCGGCCAAAAGAUAUCGACUGCGAACUUUUUGAAAUCACUUAUGUACAAUGUGGAGAUGCUGAAGUAGAAAGGAAAAUUGAGGAAAAGAUUGGUGAGUUCAUGAAUAAAGUGGAGAAACAUCCAAACAGGAAGAGCCAGAUAUGUCUAUCUUUCUACGAGAUCAAGAACAAGCAGGCUACAUGGUUCAGCAACAAAGUUGAGCGCCUAUAUUGGGAGCAGUGGUAUAUUAAUUUGCAUGUGAUUAAUCCCAAAGCACAGGGCAAGUCUCAUCACAAUAAAGCAACCACAGAUCUUGGAGGAGGAGCUUUGGAAGAGAGGACCUCACGACGUGCUGCACUGGAGUCAUCACUCCGUGAAGUCUUGUUUCAGAUAAUAAGAUUUGUCAAUGAGAAGAAGGAUCACUUACCUCCAAUACCAAAUCAAGAGGGUAUAUCAUUUCCAUAUGAAAUCACAAUUCUGAGUUCAUCGGAUUCUCCCUUUGGGUGGCACACGGAUGUGCUCAAGAGGAUGUUACAGACUGGGCAUCCAACCAUGAUCAGCUGACCAUAUACGUCUGACAUUGGCUGGACUUAGGUUUCCCGAGGGGAGGUUUGGCAUCUAAGAAUUGCUUUCUGAUCUCAAUACUUCUGUACAGUCUCUGGAGUUUUAGUCUUGUAUAUAUUGGACAUAAUAUAUAAAAUAAAUGAGCUAUGAACGAAAAGCAAUUGCAUGCAUGUUCAUGACUGAUAGCUUUCAGCAAUUUCUUACACAAUAUAUUUACUAAACCAACCUUUGGAGCUGA